AUGAAAUACUUUGCCCUGACUUUUGCCAUUACAGGAAACUUUUCGUGUCCAAUCGGUGCGAACUUCUUCAAGGACCGUUGCUACGAGAUCGUGCUUCCUGCCGACCAAACUUCAUUAAAAACCUGGUCAGAGGCUCGCAGAUAUUGUUUGAUGAAGGGCGGUGACCUGGUGGCACCUUUGGAUGCUCCGUUGUACAACUACUUUGUUUCUCGUUUGCAGAAGGUGGAAGUCGACCUGAAUACAACGCAAUUUUGGAUUGGCCUUAGAAAGAGAGAAGGACGUUACUUCACAUCGCCUGUACCCGUGUGGGUGAAUGACAAAACCUUCAGUCAACGACAACCAGAAAAUGACAGCUACCUUCGUCUGAAUCGCGACAUACUCCGUCUUUUUGACAGCAGGAAGUUCAGGCAGGAGAAAGAAAGGAACUUUUCUAUACUGAAAUUCAACGUGGACAACUUAGAGCCUCUGUACCACUCAGCGUUGGUCACUCGGACGAAAAGAAAAUCAACAGGUCGACUGGUCACCUAUGGAUUUACGUAA